GUUAUUGUGAUCGUUUAGAGGCGCUCAAAUGUCAUUAAUCACGCUUGUAUGAAGCUGGCUAUACCGGUCGUGAUUCGUUUUGACUCAAUUCGCUAAACACGUUUCAACUGUCGAGUUGAGUUUAGCUGUUGAUUGUGAGUUCGUAAGGUUCGCGCGCUCUCUGUAUAUCACAUGCGAUUAUUCGACGAGAACAUCGUUCCCUCCGGAUGGGGAUGGUGAAGCAAAUGCUCCGUUCGAAUACAACUUUCGUGAACAAAUUAAACCCUAAUGAUAACAAUUGUCAUCGGAUUGCCUUUUGAACUGCUGUUCGCACCCGGCUGUGUGUAUGUGUAGUUACUCAUGGACCAUGAAUGGCUCAUCUGUUUUACGCAUGAAUGCGCCUCGCUAUGGAUGCCAUUGAUGUUGAUAGUUUUGUACUGAAAUAGUAAUUCAUGGUCUCUACUUCGUUAUGUUUCUCAUUGUACCUACGCGCCACUAAACUGUAGAAAAUUGAAACGAGUAUUGUUGUUGUGAGUGAGCUGAGCUUCAAAUUAUUGUUUGUUGCCACGCUAUUAUAAUAUCCGUAAUAAAAAGCGACAAGAAUUGCUCGGCAUAGAAAAGACCAAGGCAAAAAUGUAACAAUCUCAUAAAUCGCUCUAAAUGUGGAUUUAUUGCGGCCAAAUGGAUAUAAAUCUAGCUCUGGAGGUUAUAAUUCGGUGAUUUAUGUAGUUUUUACUGUGUUACCCUAUCUCACUCGCCCGCUUACUGUUCAUAAAACAAGAAAAAAGGAGAUCUAGUGAAAAAUAUUGCUCCUGUCCGCAUCCGUGUGAAUAAAAUAAUAGUCGUGAUUACUGCUAUACAUUUUUUUUGUGCAUACAACGCACUGUUAUUCUAUUUCCCGCCGCAUAUCAUAAGUGCUGUGAGAAAAUAUUGAAGCAUCAAUUCAAUGCACCCCAUCAUCGCUCUGUGCAAUUGGUACACACAUCAUGACAUACGGAGCAAUAAAAAGUGAAAUGAAAACAAAAGUGGCAGAUAAACAACAGCAGAAGGAAUCAAAUUUAUUACAGACUAAUUUAUAGUCGUUUUCAAACAGUGCGCGGUGAUGUUUACGUUCGUAACCUCUGAUAAGCGGAUGGAUUAUUAUAUUUACAGUUCAAAUAAUGGUUGAAAUGAAAUGAAAUACACGAUUGAACAAGCGAGCAGCGUAUAUCAAAAGAUUAAACCCAUACAUAAUACUGUGUUAUGUGAAAAUCGAAUCUGAAAAGGAAUAACGAAAGCGAAUUUUUGUCAACUACUCCAAUCCACGAUUGAUAUAAUGUUGACGUCCAGUAAUCAAUACAUAAGACCGGAAUAUCUAUCACCAUUACCAAAUACGUUCGAUUCCAAAACAAGCCCACUGGCGCUGCUAGCCCAAACAUGUAGCGCGAUAGGAUCUGAUUCGCCCAACCCAAAGCUGCUGGCCAACAUAGAAAACAGUACAAAAAACAGUCGCGAUAAGCUAUCCCCUGGAACGCUAUCAACUGGCUCGUCGAGCGACACUCCAAAGUCUAGUUUCAAACCUUACGAAUCAUCCACGGUUACUCAGAGUACAACGAGAUCCCCCGACGAUGGUCGUCUUGCAGGCUCGAGAAACAAAUCACCGCAAGAGUCUAACGCUUCCUCCCAACAGCAGUGGCAGCACAAUCGAUGUGAAUCCAACCAAAGUUCCGCCUCAUCUCGUGUUUCGCCAUCGAGCCACAGCCGAGAACAUCCAGAAAAUACACAACCUCAGCAGAAUCGCGACAGCAGUCCAUGCCAUGAUUUGUCAAAAAAGCCGAGUGCUUUCUCGAAUGACACCGCAGAAUCCACCACAAUCCAAAAAUCAACGACUGCGAUGGUGGCGAAAGAUUUGAGCAGCUUCUCACGUGCAGUCACUUCUUCAACGUCGUCUUCUUCUGCGAUUGGACCACCAUACUAUACUGCAUAUGGAAGCUAUCCUUUGGACGUCAUGUCUUCAGGAUCAUUGAUGAAUCCACAUCAUCAGUUGCUGAAAAAUGCGGCACUUAAUCCUUAUUUCAACUACUCGAAAAUGAAACCCCCUGGAACUCCCGAUUCCAUGAUGCCAGUUUGUCGCGAUCCUUACUGUACUGGUUGUGCCUUAAGUUCUCAUAUGCUUGGUAAGCUUGGAUCUUCCAGCUGUCCAGCAGGAUGUACCCAAUGUGAUCACCCUGGUAGUAAAAACUUUCAAUCUAAUCCUCUAGCCGUUAGUCAAUCAUCCGCUACCAUUUAUGCGCAUGCCCAACUUGCAGCAAUGGCGGCAGCUUCCCAGCUUCCCUAUGUUUGUAACUGGAUUGGCAGUGACACAUCGUAUUGUGGGAAACGAUUCGCCGCUUCUGAGGAUCUCUUCCAACAUCUGCGUACGCAACACGCCGCUGCCGCGUCAAUUUCGGAAGCUCUUCUCAACCCAGCGACAGCCGCAGCAGCAGCGGCCGGAUUACCUCCAACGCAUCCGUUAUUCCAAAGAUCAUACCCAACACCUCCACUCAGCCCAGCCCGUUAUCAUCCAUAUGGUAAACCCUCACUUUUAUCACCGGCUAUGGCUGGCUCACCUAUGGCCAGUCUUUCGCUGCAACCACAUCCGUCUUUAGCGCAGUAUUUUCCUCCGUAUUCGUUCUACGGAGCUCGGUUAAACGGGUUAAAUAACGUCCAUCCAUGAGAUUUUUCGACACCAUUAGCACCGUUUGUCUCGGUUGCUAUCGAUUUGUACAUAAAGAAUCGGUUCUUAUCGGACAGAACUUCCCUGAGUUUAAUGAGAAAUGAAAUUUUUUCAAACCUUGGGUGCGGCUUCGUUAUAUUUUCAGAA